AUGUUUAAGCAAGGAUGGCCAGACUCUGAUUUCCAGCAUCUAGUUUAUCUCCACUCUGUUAAUGAUUCAGACAUUGGGGACAUCAACCAUUCAAACAAGUUUCCUGCGAAAAUUCUCCCGAUCAUGUUGAACGAAGUUAGCCGAAGGCUGACUAGGUUUCUAGACAAUCCUUUGGAACAAACAGGUUUUCGACCCUCUGGAAAGAUUGGAGCUGACAAGGCGACUUGGAAGCAUCGAACACGUCAGUUUGUCACAUUUACGACAAUCGUGCCUGACUCACCUAAGUUGUUACACGCAUUUUUUCUUGGCCACCCUGUUGUUAAACAGCACACUGGAGUUGGUGUGACCAACAGUAUCACAGAGUGCGUCAAAAUCUACGACAUAAAUAGGUCACAGUACUUUGGCGGUUCAUUCGACAGUGCAUAUUUCCACCUCAAUGUCCCAGAGAAACUGGACUGUUAUUUUGGUUUUGAGGGAAACAAGAGGAAACACCAUGACUGGGACCCACUUCACAAAGCUGGACUACAAGACAUCCAUAUAAGGAAAGAUCCAACAUUUGAAUGGUUAGUUUACACCAUGAAGAUCAUUGGAGAAGUAUUUAAGGUUGUGAAUUAUGGUAAAGAAUUCGAGCACCUCUUUUCCGUAGCCAAGGAAAUGAAGGAGAGCGGAGAAGCUGACAUCAGUUUCAAAACACCCAAAUUCUUUUCCGAGACAAGGUUUGCUAACCAUGCAAGAAAGGUAUACGUCAGUUUCCGCGAAGAUUUCCCUGCCAUCAUACGCACCUUGGAGGAAGUUCAGCUUGAAAACAUGGAAGGAAACAGUGACGACAGGAAGAAGGCAACCCACGCAAGUGAUCUCUCAGACAAGAUACUCAACAAGCAGUUUACUGUGAUACUUUCUGGACUUUGUGAUAUUUAUGAAGUUUUUGGUCAUGGCGUCAACAUCCUUCAGACUGUUGAUAUGCUGCCACAUGAUAAAUUUGACCGAUUUCACUCAGUUGUGAUCGGUAAAUUUAAUUUGAUGACUGCAUCUUUAGACCAUGCUACAUGUAUCAGCUCUCAUAGUUCUAAAGGUCAAUGGCCAACGCUCCACCAUGAUUUAGAAGAAAUCAAAACACUGUGA